GUUGUCAUGAUUUCAGAAAGGCUGUGUUUGUUUGAUUGGCAGUUGAUAUUGAUAUGUCAGUUUCUUAACCUGACAGAGGCGCUCCACAGAUACGAAGCAGGAAUCUGAAACGAGCAUUACAUCUGAAACUGUCAGUGCUUUUCGAGGGUUUGAAAGACGUUAAAGGAAAAGAAGAAACUGCUAACAUUUUUUAUUUCUUCACUAUUAAUACCUUGUUUUCUUUUCUUUUCUUACAUGACUGUUUUUGUUCCAUAAAGAAGAAACCUGAACCCUAACACACGAAUCACGCUUGUUAGUUAAAAUAAAUCUCAAUGAAAUUUAUUUGGAAUUCUGAAAGGGUAUACAAACUUUUUUACUUUUCAACUUACAAAACUGUAAAUAUACUGUACAUUGUUUUUGUCCCCCCCAUUUAUUAUGAAUGAAAACCAACAACAAACAAUAUGGCAUUCAGUUUACAACCAGCUCCUUCAACAUUAUAACAGGCUCUUAGACACAACAUAAAUGUAUUAAACAAGAAUAAAAAACACUGAAAAGCUUCAUAGUAACUUUAUAAACACAAAUACAGCUCAGUCAUAUCAUGUCAAUGAGCACAAAUGAGUACAAAUCUCUGAAUAUCCACACUCCCUGCACAACAGAGCGCGUUCUCUGGGGGGCGAGAACCUUUUUUUUCGCGAGGCGCAGUGUCUCCUCCCAUUUCAUGAAUAUUCAUGAGCUGAGCGGCCUGCGUGCCUUGCGUGGUGACGCAAUGCAACAACUGCGGGUCCCGAUUGCUGCAGCCGCUUGUCAUUGUGACGAAGAUUGGCACUAAGUUGUGAAGCCUGGCGCUAGAAUGCUCCAGCGUUGCCAGCAGCAACAGUAACUAUGAUGACGUCGCCAUCGUCGGUGUCCAUGGAGGAGUUUCAGGAGACUCAACAGAUGCAGGAGGAGGAGCACUCAGUGGGAGAGACAGAUGAAAGGUUGGAUGAGGAAGAGGAGAGAGAGGAGGAGGAAGAGGAGGAGAGCGGCCCGGUGCCAGCCGACCCCCAGACACCCAUGGAGGCCCAAAAAGCCGCCAUCUACAGGCACCCCCUGUUCCCCCUGCUGGCACUUUUGUUUGAGAAGUGUGAGCAGUCCACGCAGCGCUCCGAGUGUGUGACGUCGGCCAGCUUCGACAUGGACAUCCAGAACUUUGUGCGGAGUCAGGAUAAGGAGAGCAAGUCCUUCUUCAGCGAGGACCCUGAGCUCGACAACCUGAUGGUGAAGGCAAUUCAGGUGUUGCGUAUCCACCUGCUGGAACUGGAGAAAGUGAGCGACCUGUGUAAAGACUUCUGCAGCCGCUACAUCGCCUGCCUGAAGACUAAGAUGAACAGCGAGACUCUACUGAGCAGCACUGAUCCGACCAGUCCAUACUCGCCUACACAGGCUCAGACUCCUAGCUCUUUCUCUGGGACUAUGAGUCCGCAGGGAAUCGUCGUACCAACAUCCGCCUUACAACAGGGCCUUACUGUGACGGCGGUAAACCCCACACAGGUGGUGUCAGGUGGCACGGUCUAUCAGCCCGUAACUGUUGUGACUCCACAAGGCCAGGUGGUUACCCAGGCCCUCUCACCUGGCACAAUACGCAUCCAGAACUCACAGCUCCAGUUGCAGCUGAACCAGGAUCUCAGCUUCCUGAGUCAAGAUGAAAACUCGUCUAAGACAAAGCGGGGCAUUCUGCCCAAGCACGCCACCAGCGUCAUGCGUUCUUGGCUCUUCCAGCACAUCGGGCAUCCAUAUCCUACAGAAGAAGAGAAGAAGCAGAUUGCACUGCAGACUAACCUCACCCUGCUGCAAGUCAACAACUGGUUCAUCAAUGCGCGAAGGCGGAUCCUGCAGCCGAUGCUGGACGCCAGCUCAUCAGAGGCGCCCAAGAACAAGAAGAAAACACCACAGACUCGUCCACUUCAGCGCUUCUGGCCAGACUCCCUUGCUUCCUCAGUCUCCCAGCAACAAGUUACCAUGGAAGAUGGUACCAUGGUAUCAGUCAGCAUGGUAGGAGGAGAGGACGGGCUGCAGACACUGUCGUCGGACGGAGCGACGCUGGCCAUGCAGCAAGUGAUGAUGGGAGGCCACAGCGAGGAUGAUGAAGACGACGAUGAAGAAGAUGAAGAGGACAAUCUAUCCCACUCCGACAUGACCAGGCUAGGUCUUGAAACCAGCGACUCACUGUAGGAAUGAGAAAUUAGAUUUACACACACACACACACACACACACACACACACACACACACACACACACACUGCCAGGGAUGUCGAGAGACACAGUAAAUGUUAGCAAGAUAUUGUUUAAGAAAGUGAAAAAAAAUGAAGACAGAAAAUGAAAAGGAACGAAAGAAGGAGAGACAUUUUCUCACUGUGUGGUCAAGUGCAUGGUCUCGUACUGUAUGUCACAUUAUGGACAGUCAGGUUGUCAAACAUCCUGAUGAUUAAUCGAUUGGAAGGCUCAAAGCCAUACACGCCAAAAAAAAAAUGCAGUUCAUGUACACACGCAGACACACAAAUGAUAAGCACAAUCGUACAACAUGUCCGGGGUUUCUUGCACAGUGAGGAUAUGCAUCAGUUUCAUUUCAAAAAAACAUGUUUUUUGUUUGUUUGUUUAUUUGUUUGUCUGUUCAGCAGCACAAAGGAAACCUCAUGCACUUUUUAGUAUGUUACUGUAAACAGCCAUGUUGAAAACAGCCAAAAGAGAAGAAAAGAGAACGCGUAGGUCAAUGCUGGAUGAUUUGGCUUUCCUUGUCCUCGUCUCCUUGGAUGAGAUUGUGUCUCUUGCAUGCCUGUGUUUGUGUUGUUUUCAGGCACCAGAGAAGAAGAAACUAUUUUUAUAUUUACACUGCUGAUGGAUCGGUGCCCCUUUGCUUUGGCUCAGUUUUGCUGUGUUUUUGGUAAAGGACAACUUAUGUUGGCGAUGAUAAAAGUCACUUUUUUUGAUAUGAUGGCCCAGUUUUGGGGGAAUUUUGAUAAAGCUUAAUACAAUACAAAGAAAGAGCUUUUGCUAUAGUGAUAAGUAGGGGGGGUGGGAUACAGGGCCUUACAUGUUUCUGUUUACGAAUUGAAACUGGCCUCAUUUUUGUCUAAUUAAAACUGACCAGCACUUUCUGCAGUCUGCAAGUAAACCAACACACAUUAAAAGUGACAGUUAAUCAAUUACUAGUAGCUUCCACCUCUGAGUCACAAUACUGUCUUACACACCAUUGUCGAUGUUUCCUUUCAAAACCACAUGCAGUUUAUAAAUGUAAAUGUGCAGUAAGGUUGUUAAUACAGUGCCCUGCACUAAUAUUGGCAAGCUUGGUAAAUAUGAACAAAGAAGGCUGUGAAAAUUUGUCUUUAUUGUUUAACCUUUUAAUCUUUUGUUCCAAAAAUUCCCAAAAAUACUUUGCUCUCAUGGAUAUCAAACAAUUGCAAACACAACACAGGUUUAUCCAAAAAAAAUCUAUGUUAAAUAUAGGUGUGCAACAAUUAUUGCCACCCUUUUAUUCAAUACUUUGUGCUACCUCCCUUUGCCAAGAUAACACCUCUGAGUCUUCUCCUAUAAUACCUGAUGAGGUUGGAGAAUAAUUGGCAAGGGAUCUGAGUGCAUUCCUCCAUACAGAAUCUCUCCAGAUUCUUCAAAUUUCGAGGUCCACGCUGGUGGACUCUCCUCUUCAGUUCACCCCACAGGUUUUCUAUGGGUUUCAAGUCAGGGGACUGGGAUGGACAUGACAGGACCUUGAUUUUGUGAUCAGUAAACCAUUUUUGUGUUGAUUUUAAAUGUCCAGGUCCUCUGGCAGAUAAACAGCCCCAAAACAUUAAAGAGCCACCACCAUAUUUAACCGUGGGCAUGAGGUACUUUUCCAUAUGGCUACCUCUCUGUGUGCACCAAAACCACUUCUGGUGUUUAUCGCCAAAACGCUGUAUUUUGGUUUCAUCUGACCAUAGAACCUGAUCCCAUUUGAAGUUCCAGUAGUGUCUGGCAAACUGAAGACGCUCGAGUUUGUUUUUGGAUGAGAGUAGAGUUUCUUUUCUUGAAACCCUUCCAAACAACUUCUGGUGAUGUAGGAGACUUCAGAUUGUAGUUUUGGAGACUUUCUGACCCCAAGACACAACUAACUUCUGCAAUUCUCCAGCUGUGAUCCUUGGAGAUUAUAUAGACAAUACAGACACGUCCAGUUCCAGGUUGAUUCAUAACAUUUCCAGUUGACUGGAACUUGGAAAUGGGCAUUUUCAAUGCUUGUGCUAUUCUCUUUUAGCCACUUCCCAUUUUGUGAAGCUCAACAACCUUUUGCUGCACAUCACAGCUAUAUUCCUUGGUCUUACCCACUGUUAUGAAUGACUAAUGGAAUUUGAAUGAAAUAUUAGAUUCAUCCCAAUAUUCUGAUUGAUACUUCCUCAAUUCUACUGUAUACCCUUUAGCCUGUGACUCAAAACUCUGCUCUGUUCCAUCAUUUAAGGAGUAAUUAUUUACAACCCCAAUUCCAAAAAAGUUGGGAUGCUGUGUAAAAUGUAAAUAAAAAAAAGAAAACAGUUUCUUUUUAGUAACACUUACUUCUCCAGCCUUUUGUUGCCCUGCCCCAACUUUUUUGAGACCUGUUUGCAGCCAUCAAAUUCAACAUUACCUUUUUUGACCCCUUAAAAUGGGACAUUUACUCAGUUUAAACAUUUGAUAUGUUUUCUAUAUUCUAUUGUGAAUAACAUAUGGGUUUAUGAGAUUUGCAAAUCAUUGCGUUCUGUUUUUAUUUACAUUUUACACAGCGUCCCAGCUUUUUUUGGAAUCGGGAUUGUAUUUAAAGGAGCUGUUUGUAAUUUUAGAGCCCACUGCUGCCUAUGAGGUGAUUUUUGCAAUUGCAAUGAAAACACUGACUCUUGAGAGUUGCCUUUUAAGGUAAAAGGUGAAGAGCUGAGCAGCUCUGUUCCAGUGGGGGGUGGAGCUCAUUUCUGGACCAGAAAAAUGUAAACAGAAACCUUAAACAAAGAACAUAUUGAGAAUCCCUUGCAUCACUGUAUUUCUAAUCAAAAUAUGUCCAAGGAGGUAUAAUUAAUAUGAUAAAAUUUUUAUAUGUCUGGCAACACUUUGAAUUUAAAAAAAAUUACAAACUGCUCCUUUAAAUGUGUUCAGAGGAAUCAUGUAGAGAGAAAAGAGGAGGCUUUCAGUAUAAAUAAUAGUAAAUAAAAUAAAAGAUCCUAGUACAUGAUAUACCAUAAGCCUAUGGUAUAAAUCUUCCACUUUCUCAAAAAAAUAAAAAGAUAAUGCCUUAUUUGGCAGAUUUUGUUUUGUGUCAGUUCCUCUCAUCAGUUCUUCUUGAAUCCCUUUCCAGCAUUUGAGUACAGGAAGUGCUGCAAAAAAAAAGAAACACCCAUCAGCUGCAGGUUGUGCCUUCUUGUCCCUAUACUGCAAAA